AUUAAGGAAACCAAAAAGAAAAAAGAAAAAAAAAAAAAGAUAAUUCAAUAUUCGAGAGCUGGCGAUUUAGCUCUCAUCCCUUUCUUCUCCUUCCUUGAACCUCGUAGUUGUCUUCGCCGAGAUUUUGACGUUUCCUUUUAUUCGCCAUUACUCUACCUUCUUAGAGAUCUCUAAUAUCCCCCGAGAUCGGUGUCUUCGAAUGCACUAUCGUCUUUGAAACGACGACGUUUGCAGCUGAGGUGGGACUUGAGCUUUCUUAGAAUGAACUGAGUUCUGUGGUUUAAGUUCAAUACUUUGGGAGAGCUGAAAGGUUUGAGAUGGGGAUUUUCGAUGGAUUGCCCAUUCCACCUAAUAAAGAGUUUUUAAGGGAAGAGCUUAAAAGAAUAGAUGAGAGUUGGGCAGCUGCACGGUUUGAUUCAUUACCUCAUGUUGUCCACAUCUUGACAUCGAAAGAUCGUGAAGGUGAAGUCCAAAUUUUAAAGGAGCAAAGUGAUAUAGUUGAGGAGGUUGUGGAUGAAGUUGUUCAGUCUUAUCACAGUGGAUUCAACAAAGCAAUUCAAAAUUAUUCUCAGAUCUUGCGGUUAUUCAGUGAGUCUACUGAAAGCAUUGGUGUCUUAAAGGUUGACUUGGCUGAAGCAAAGAAACGUCUUGGUGUUCGCAAUAAACAGUUGCAUCAAUUGUGGUAUCGAUCUGUUACAUUGAGACACAUAAUCUCACUGUUAGAUCAAAUUGAGGGCAUAGCUCAGGUUCCUGCUCGUAUUGAGAAGCUAAUUGCAGAAAAGCAGCUUUAUGCUGCAAUUCAAUUGCUUGUUCAGUCUGCUUUGAUGCUUGAGAGAGAGGGGCUCCAAACGGUUGGUGCUCUCCAAGACAUUCGUUCUGAACUGACAAAAUUGCGAGGUGUAGUCUUUUAUAAAAUUUUGGAGGAUUUGCAUGCUCAUCUUUAUAAUAAGGGCCAGUACAGCUCAGUUGCUUCCAGCAUUAAUGACAAAGAUGAUGAAGUACCAACCACUACAGCUGUCACAUUCACAGCUAAUGGUUCACAACCCCUGUCUCGAAGAACCAGGUUGCUGAAAGGUGAAAAUCAAUUUGGUGGUAACGGACUUGUAGAUGGACCAUAUAGGUCAGGUUCCAUUGAUGGAGGUUCAUCAUUUGAUGGUCAUGAUGCGGAGGGCUCUGUGGAGCUGCCUGAUGGCAAUGAUAGCAACAAAGUUGUAUCUCGUCAAAUUCCACUGUGGCUUUCAAAUGCCAUUCCAGAUGAAUUUCUCGAAUUGAUGAAAAAGAGUGAUGCUCCACUACAUGUGAAGUAUUUGCAGACCAUGGUCGAGUGCCUCUUCAUGCUUCACAAAGUUGCUGAAGCUGGUGCUAUCAUAUGCCAGCAGCUUCGACCCACAAUCCAUGAUAUUAUCACAUCCAAGAUUAAAGCUCAUUUAGACCUCAUUAAUUCUUCAAGGUCUAGUAUAGGUCAGUGUGUCCUAACUGGUACCAACAGUCUUCACUUUGUGAAGGGACAGUUGGAGAGCUACCAGUUGAGGAAACAGAAGAAUCAGAAUGCAAUAUCACUGGCUGGAACUCUGUUGGCAGUAAGCCCUGUCUCCCCUGUGAUGGCUCCCACAGGAAAGGCACAGGCUGCUGCAAAAGAGCUUCUGGAUUCAAUUUUGGAAACCAUGGUUCAGAUUUUUGAGAACCAUGUUGUCAUUGGAGAACUAAUUGAGUCAAAAUCUUCCCAACAAAGUGAUAUGAGCAUGCCAAAUUCAGGGCCUAAUAUAAAUUGGAAUGUUGAUUCUGAAGCAUCUCAAGUUACUGGAGGCUACAGCAUUGGCUUUUCCUUGACAGUGUUACAGAGUGAAUGCCAACAACUCAUAUGUGAGAUUCUUAGAGCAACUCCUGAGGCUGCAUCUGCAGAUGCUGCUGUACAAACAGCUAGGCUUGCAAGCAAGGUCCCUUCUAAGGAAAAAAGAGAUGGGGCGGAAGAUGCUCUCACCUUUGCGUUUCGUUUCACAGAUGCUACCAUAUCAAUACCUAACCAGGGGGUUGAUCUUAUUCGUCAAGGAUGGAGUAGAAGGGGUCCCAAUGCUCUACAAGAAGGCUAUGGGUCUGCUUCUGUCUUGCCUGAGCAAGGCAUAUAUUUAGCAGCAUCUAUGUACAGGCCUGUUCUCCAGUUUACGGAUAAGGUUGCAUCAUUGCUGCCAAAGAAGUAUUCCCAGCUUGGGAAUGAUGGAUUGCUAACCUUUGUGGAGAACUUUGUGAAGGACCACUUUUUGCCAACUAUGUUUGUAGACUACCGGAAAGGAGUCCAGCAAGCUAUAUCAAGUCCAGCUGCAUUUCGACCACGAGCGCAUAAUUCUGCUUCAUAUAGUACAUUGAUAGAAAAGGGUCGACCUGUUUUACAGGGACUUUUGGCUAUUGAUUUCUUAGCAAAAGAGGUGCUUGGUUGGGCUCAAGCAGUGCCUAAAUUUGCUGCUGAGGUUGUGACAUAUGUGCAAACUUUCCUUGAGCGAACAUAUGAAAGAUGCCGAACUUCAUACAUGGAGGCAGUUCUUGAGAAGCAGAGUUACAUGGUUAUUGGAAGGCAUGAUAUUGAGAAAUUGAUGCGACUUGAUCCAGCAAGUACAUGUCUACCAAAUGCAAGUGGUCAGUUAAAUUUGGGAAAUAUCGCCUCUGAUGCUGAAAGUAUUGAGGUUGAACUAAGUGAACUACUCUUGAAUUUGCGACCUAUCAGGCAGGAGAAUCUAAUCCGUGAUGAUAAUAAACUUAUUUUGCUUGCAUCCUUGAGUGAUUCUUUGGAGUAUGUUGCAGAGUCAAUUGAAAGGCUUCGAGAAACAAUCCCAAAAGCAUCAAAUCCAGUGGAAGAGAGUGGUAAACAUCGGCAUACCCAAGCAAUCACUGGACCAACUAAGGAUCUGGCAUCAUUUGCAGACGAGUAUAGGAAACUAGCAGUUGAUUGCCUAAAGGUUCUACGUGUAGAGAUGCAGCUGGAGACAAUUUUCCAUAUGCAGGAAAUGGUAACCAGGGAAUACACAGAUGAUCUAGAUGCAGAAGAGCCAGAUGACUUCAUUAUUUCACUUACUGCACAGAUAACACGUAGGGAUGAGGAAAUGGCACCUUUUGUUGCGGGCUUGAAGCGAAAUUACAUAUUUGGUGGAAUAUGUAGCAUUGCAGAAAAUGCAUCUAUCAAGGCCUUGGCUGAGAUGAAAUCCAUCAGUCUAUUUGGGGUUCAGCAGAUAUGUAGGAACUCAAUUGCACUUGAACAGGCCCUUGCUGCUAUCCCCUCGAUUGACAGUGAAACUGUACAGCAGAGAUUAGAUCGUGUCCGUACCUAUUAUGAGCUUUUGAACAUGCCAUUUGAGGCAUUGCUUGCCUUCAUCACGGAGCAUGAGCGCUUGUUUACGCCUGCAGAGUAUGCUAAUCUCCUCAAGGUCAAUGUCCCAGGAAGGGAGAUUCCUCCUUAUGCACAAGAUCGAGUAGCAGAGAUCUUGUCCCACUAGUAUUCCAACGUCAAUUUUCUUAUCUUCCAAAAACCCAUUCUUGUGAAUUGUGAUUGCUUAUCUUCUAGAAUGACAUGUGAUGUGGUGCUGGAAGUUGCUGCUUGACAUGAACCACCAGGGGGUCAAUUUUUGUCAAAUAUCAUGAGUAUGAGUAAUUCUAUUUCAUUUGUAAUUAUAAUUUAUUCUUUGUGUAGUGCCAAGUUUUUUGGGUUGUGCUUAUGAGCUUUGUUUUAGUGUUGGGUAACAAAUCACAACUAAUGGAAAAUCAAUAUGAGCUUUUUGU